CCGCAUCCGGGCUCGAGCCUGAAUGGGCGCGGGCGGAUGGGCCUCCCUCCCCAGGGCCUACUUCCCCCUCACGACGGCGCAGACCUGCUGCAGCCGCAGCCGCCGCCGGAGCCUCCAGCCGUGCCUCUCCCGGGGGAUUCCUCGUCUUUUUGCCCGAGGCGACCAACCAUGGAGGAGAGCCCCAGAUGCUGAUUGCGACCGAGGGUGCCCAGGUCAGGCCCGCGUGGGAGCCGCAAGAGGGGCCGCGGCCGGCCGGGUCCGUCACGAACGGGCACUUCGUCGUGAGCGAGCACGGGGAGCUCAGCCCGAGUUCGGCAGGCGCUGGCGGUGACAGCAGCAGGCCGCGCCGGCACUCGCACCAAUCUGGCAACACUGGCGUGUUCCAGUUCGCGGACUCCGAAACGAUCAAGGAAAAGGUCAGGAAGUCCAGAGCUACAAAGGAGAUUGGGCAAAGUACAAAGUAG